GAACUUGGAGCAAGCCUCACCAGUAAGCUUGCCGAGAAUGGACGACUACGAUGGAGCGGCGGCCAAGCUGGCUGCCUGCGUGGACCUUGUGCAGCCUACGCUGACUGGCGUACAAGGCAUCAACGCAGCAACGCUCGCAAAUGCAAUUUGCACUGCUAUGCAAGCCGCUGCCCCACCAGAUGUCUCAAGCCGCAUAGACGACCUGAGCACAGGCCUUAACACUUUUCUUCUGCUGUUUGGUGGAGCGCUAGUCUUCCUGAUGCAUGGCGGUUUCGCUAUGUUGGAAGCCGGCGCCAUUCGGUCGAAGAACGCCAUGAACAUCCUGCUCCAGACUAUUUUGGAUGCCUCCGCGUCUGCCAUUAUGUGGUACCUUGUCGGGUUUGGGUUUGCCUUCGGCAUUGGUGACAAGCCCAACAAGUUCAUCGGUAACGCAACCUUUGGUCUCGCUCGCUACGCCACGCACUUCACCGGCUCUGCCACCGGCCGCUGGACGGACUGGUUCUUCCAGUGGGCUUUCUGCGCCACUGCCGUUACCAUUCCCGCUGGUGCCGUCGCCGAGCGCUUCAACUUCAACGCCUACCUGGGCUACUCCAUGUUCAUUGGCGGCUUCGUCUACCCCGUCGUUGCUCACUGGGCCUGGUGCGUUGAGGGCUGGCUGGGCUAUGGCGCCGCCGACCCGCUCUUCCGCGCCGGCUACAUUGACUUUGCUGGCUCGGGUGUCAUCCACAUGGUCGGCGGUCUGGCCGGCCUGAUCGGAGCCAUCAUGGUCGGACCCCGCCUGGGCCGCUUCGACGCGGACGGCAACCCCGUGGAGAUGCCCGGCCACUCGGCCAUCCUGGUGGUGCUGGGAACUGUGCUGCUGUGGUUCGGCUGGUACGGCUUCAACCCCGCCUCCGUCCUGACCAUCGACUCGGUCGGCUACGCCACCGUCUGCGGCCGCGCCGCCGUCACCACCACCCUCGCCGGCGCCGCUGGUGGCAUCGCCUGCCUGCUCAACGGCUUCCGCCGCCACCGCGGUUGGGACCUUGUGGGUCUGUGCAACGGCAUCCUGUGCGGCUUUGUCGCCAUCACCGCCUGCUGCCACGUGGUGGAGCCCUGGGCCGCCAUCAUCUGCGGUGCCUGCGCGGGUCUGUGGUUCGAGCUGCUCUGCUGGAUCCUGCUCAAGCUGAAGAUUGACGACCCUCUGAGCGCCGGUCCCAUGCACUUUGGCUGCGGCUUGUUUGGCGUCUUCUUCACCGGUCUGCUCGCCAAGCAGGAUUACAUCAAGGAGUACUACUACUUCCACGCGCCCUCCAACGACCCAGUCAACCCCCUCAGCAAGCCCUUCCCCUACGGCGCCUUCUACCCCCACUCGGACGGCAAGCUCAUUGCCUCCCAGGUGAUUGGCAUCCUGGCCAUCAUCGCCUGGGUGGCCGGCCUCAUGACGCCCUUCUUUGGCAUCUUCAAGUUCUUCGGAGCCCUCCGCAUCCCGCCUGAGAUGGAGGAGAUGGGUCUGGACAGGUCCAAGCACGGUGGCAGCGCCUACAACGGCGGCGGCAAUGCGGCUGCGGGACCGAUGACGGGAGGCACGCCCGGCAACGAUGUGAUGCGCAACUCGCAGCCCUCGGCCAAGGUGCUCCCCAUGAAUGCGUAAAAGCGUGGGAUUGGGAUUGGCGGGCGGGAUGGGCAGGCGGGCGGGAUGGAGACUGGGGUGCAGGGGCCAGCUGCUAUUGGGAUGUGCCUGCCCUCCCUGCCUUCGAGGGGUAACGUGAGACAUGUGUGUUGCAUGUCAUGAUGGCUGCCUUGUGUAUGGGAAUCAACGCAUACCAUACUCCGUCGGCCCACUGUUACUGGAAAGGAGGGUCUUACACCUGUACGACUAUUUGCUGUUGUUAUCUGCUUUGAGACAACGGAGGACUGGGAUAUGCGGCAGAUGACCCGUGGGUCGGGAUAUGCUGCUGCCUGUUUGACCUGUGUGCAUUUUUACUUUUGUGUAGUAUGACGAGGACCAAUGUGCAUGCGGAGGGAAACCAAGUCCUGGGAAUCUCUCUCGUGCACGGUUCCGACCCGUGUUAAAGAUCAACAGGCUUGACACACGACGUAACCGACAACUACAAGGAAUAUCCGUUGACUCGUGUGUAGUUGGCGUGUAUGUGACGCGUGCAGUUCUGGCGUGCGAUAUUGUGCAACGUAGCCCUAUCUAUCCUUGCCUGUAUGCGAGCCUCUCCGUGGUUCCCCCAUUCAUUGUGACAAUUGGAGUCGGACGCGAUUCCCCUAAUGGUUGAGCUCGCCUUGUUAGGGCCUGUCGGCACGUUGCCUUUUCAAUUCCUAGCCGUCUGUUUUGAAACUAGUGCGACUCGUCAGCGCGCAUUUGGGACGGUCUGGCAUGUAUGCUGAGGCGUUGCGCUUUGGUAUCUGCUUCUGCAGGCGCAACCGACGAUUGAAUUCCCAGACGACUGCAAGCAAGAGGGUUCUUGAUAAAGGGAGCGGCUCGUAUGAUGACGCUGGGAUGCCGCGGUUACGGUGGGGGAUUCAUUCCGUCGUCAUUCCGUCGUGAUUACCUGGACGCGCCAACUGCGCUAUAUCGGUUACACAUGCAGACAGGAAAUCAACAUGUGUUCUAUGUAUCUUCGGGACACUCGUGCGCAGUUAUACCGUAUUUUGUGUGUAUGUUAAAGAACUGUGCCAUGCAUUGUUUCUCGGGUGGAAGGCGAUGUGUAUUGUUGGGGGCCACUAUUGCCGUGAAGAAGGCAUGAGGCGUGUGGACUGCUAGGUGGAUUGCCGUGAGCCCAACUGUAACUCUUGUUUAGUUGUGGGCAUUAGCAUGCCCACGUGAAGAGGCCCGCUAGCCAACAGCAUUCUGCGAUGCAAGGAAGCGA